AUGAAAAUUCCAUAUUUAAUCAUCAUCGUUUCCACAGCAAAAUCAUCAACAUCAUCGUCAUCAUCAUCAUCAUCAUCAUCAAUAGCAUAUGGUGAUGUAGCAACGGCCAAUAAUCAAGUGAUCAAAUUGAUUAUUAAAUCAUAUGUACAUGAAAUAUUGGAAAAUCCAUUGAUUCAUCCGGAUGAACUAAAAGAUCGUUUAGCAAGGAUAAAUGAUCAUAUCGAAAAUCAUCCAGCAUUACAUCAACAAUAUCUAUGGGUUGGUUCAUCACCACCGCCACCAAAUUAUAAUCCUGAUUAUCAUAUUUUGGAAUACGAAUCCAUUAUACCAAGACAAUCAUCAUCAUUUUAUAAUGAAACCAUAGAUGAUGAUGGCCAUUCAGAUGAUCAUCAUAAUAAUAAUUAUCCAUUUCGAUCUUCAUCAACACAAUCAUCAUCACCGAAAAUGAUAUUGAAAGUAAAAAGAAAGAAAAAUUCCGAUAAACGUGAACAAUUACCGUCGGAAGAAAUUUGUGAAACAAAAGAAAAAUGGGAACAGAUUAUCGAUACACAUGAUCUAUUCGAUAAUAAAGUCAAAGUGAUACAAGAAAAAGAUAUGCAACAAUUUGUAUUCACAUAUCGUUGUGCAAAAAAUCAUGGCAAAUGUUUAGGCAUAUCACCAUUAUAUGAAUCUGAAUGUACCGAACGUUUUGGUUGGAUGUAUAUGUAUUAUAUACCGAUCAUUACAGCUGAUAACAAUGAUGGCGAUGGCAGUAAUAAUGGUAUUGAACGUCAAGCACAAUGGGGCUUCGUGAAUGCACCACAUCAUUGUGCUUGUAAACUUAAACCAAAAUUAUUUAAUCAUCAUCAUCAUCAAAAUAAUAAUCAUCAAUUAGCAACAAACUUAAUGAUGAGCAGCAGCAGCAGCAGCAGUAAAGAAGAACCAAUUGUACCGAAUGAUCUUUAAAAAAUUAUUGAUGAGGAUCCAAGAAACCAAAAAUCAAAAAAAACAAAUCAAAAAACUAAAUUAUCAUAAUUAAUAUAUUAUCGUCGUAGUAGUUUACAAUAUCAUCAUCAUCAUCAUCAUCACAAACAAACAAACAGAUACGAUUCGAUUUUCAUUAA